AUGGUGGGUGGCAUGGUGGAUGGCAUGGUGGAUGGCAUGGUGGGUGGCAUGGUGGAUGGCAUGGUGGAUGGCAUGGUGGAUGGCAUGGUGGAUGGCAUGGUGGAUGACAUGGUGGAUGGCAUGGUGGAUGGCAUGGUGGAUGGCAUGCGGCGACCUGCAUGGUGGAUGGCAGUGGGCGUGGUGGCGGAGCUGGCGGUGGCGUGGAGCAGCACUGCGGCGUGCAAGACGUGGAUCCGCGGCAGGGACUGCAACACCUUCACAGGCCUGCGCUGCGACGCACAGGGGCACGCCGUUGCCAUUGACGUGCAGGGCGUGAACAUCGUUCCCGCGCGCAUUACGCAGCUGGAGCACCUCACGUCGCUGAGCAUCACAUCCAGCAGCCUCGACAAAGGCGUUCCACCCGCCAUCCUCGCCAUGCCCACCCUCAAGCACCUGAAUCUGACGGGCUGUCGCAUAUCCGCGUUGCUGUCGUCGUUCGUCACUCGCAACAUCCCAAGUGCUCUCGAAACCUU